UCGGUUCUCCGCGGUCCGCCGUUCCCGUCUAUCGCCUCCACCCUUUUCUUCCACCUCGCUGCGUCCCUCUCCGUCGCCAGCCCGAAGCCUGAAGCCCUUCUUCCGCUCUUCGCCUCCCCCACUCCUCAGACACUGUGGCUCUGUUAUUUGGGGCUUGUCUCGCUUUCUCCCAUGGCGGCGUACGAGAGUGAUGGCGGCGGGAUCGGGGGCAAGUUCCGGAAGCGCCUCUUCCGGCGGGCCCCCGCGACGCCGUACGAUCGGCCCCAGGCGGCGGCACGCCCCGCCCAGCCGCUUCCGGCGGAGCCGCGGGGGAACGGGUGGCUCUCCAGGCUCGUGGACCCCGCGACCCGGAUCAUCUCCUGGAGCGCAUCCCGCCUCUUCCCCUCCUCCGUCUUCCAGAAGCGGCUUGGCGCCCCUCCUGCCGCGCCGCCAGAGGCAAAUCAAAGACCAGUGGAGGAAGUCAUCAAAGAACCGUCUACUAAUUCAUUACACGAAGUGCAAGAACAUCUCAGUGAUGGAAAAAAUGCAGUGAAUAGUUCCAAUGCUGGCAGCGCUCAACAUGGAACCAGUUCUCAUGUCGAUGGAGUUUUUGAACUCGAGCAACUACUGAAGCAGAAAACUUUUACAAGGACUGAGUUUGAUCACUUGACCCAGUUAUUACAUUCAAGAAUUGUGGAACCAAAUGCACGAGAAGUGGCUGUGAAUUCUGAGAAUAUAGAGAUAACAAAUGUUCGAGGUCAAACUAAUAAUGCUGUUGAAGUAAAUGUAUUACAACCAGCAUCAAGUUAUGAAAUAGAAAUGCCAACUAUUCCAGGUGAAGCAAAUAAGAAGCAGCAGUGUGCUAAUGAUGUAUCACAACCAAUGUCAAGUUUCAAUAAUAAGGAUAAAAGAGUUGCUUCAGAACACGAAAGAAGAGAGAGGACCAAGGAAGAAGCUGCCUCGUCAACAAAAAUUGCUAAGAUACAUAUGAGUUCUAGGUUUUUUAAAUCUUCUGCAUCUCUAAGCGUGCAAAAUAAAUUAUUUCGGGACGAUAGAGCAAUGCCAAUUGGAACACCGUAUGCAAGGAAACCAUCCAAUCAUUCGUUGGUAUUGAGAACUGCAGUCCGCAAUUCUGAACCUGUUGAAACUAGACGAAACAGCUUGUUGAGUUCAGGAAUUUAUGGCAGAUCAGCAAUAUAUAAAAUGUCUCGUUCUCCAUACUUCAAGCCCUGUUCAAUGGCUAACUUAGGGGGUGACAGAUCUUCGCUGGAUGACUAUGGUUGCCCCUCUAUGUCUGAAAACAUUACACACUCUGGUGGCAGACAGACGUUUAAACGAGGGAGAUCACUUUUAGAGGAUGAUAUCGGAUCAUCUGGUCCCACCCGUAGGACACAUCAGAAGUCCAACUUGAUGUCUCCAUUAGCAAGUCCAUACUUGUCGCGGGGGAAUUCUCUGCCUUCUUCAUCAACUCGUGUUGAUCAAGGUUCUGUAACUUUAAACCAAAAGCUUCUCCAUUUGAAUGAACAAGAGAAUGACCAUAGUGAGUUUCAAACUGUAGAAAAUAGUGGGGUUCCUUCUGUUCCACUUCCUCCCCAGUCCAGUGAGAUGGCUAGGAAAAUUCUACAGCAACCUGAUAAACUGGUGACUUCUCCAAAAGGGCAAUCCUCUAAUCUGAAAAUUGACAUGGAGGAAUCACCAUUUCUGUUGACUCAUAACAUGCUUCAUGGACAAGCUCUUAAAAGCAUGGAGGAAAUUGAUAUGUCUAAGUUUUUGAAUGUGCAAAAAAAUGGCAGUUUGAAAUCUCCCAGUGAUUCACACCAAAAAAGUUUUGGAAAUACUAUUUCUCAGAAGCAAGACAAGUCUGAAGAAAAUGGCUCUACCAAGAGUGCUGUUAAAGGGGUUCGAUUUGCAUCUACAAACUCUGUUCUCGAGAAACCUAAUAACGUAUCUGGCAGAGAGGCCAAACCUAGUACGACAACUGCUCAUUUUGUUGUUUCAGGUGCUGCUACAACUACCUCACAAAAAAAACCAUCAUUCCAGAUGAGUGCACCCGAGGAUCUUGUCGAGUUGGAUGAUGAUAGCGAUGAUAUAAAGGAUUCUCCAAGUACAGCUACUAUUGUUGGUAAUAAACCUUUGUUGAUAUCGAAGUGUGAGAUUACACACGAAAAGCCUAAAUUGGAGAAAUCUAUGAAAUCUUCCUCUAAUAAUAUUUGUACAUCCAUGGGGGUAUCGAAUGGGGAUUCCACCAAGAUAUCCAAUGGGCUUGCCCCACAGUGUGAGGAAACCCCUGCUCCUACAUUUAAAGCUGAUUUGGUGGAGCUUGCAUCUGGAUCUGCUUCAACUGCUGCUGGUGCUAGUGGCCUUGGUUUCAGUAAUGCCACGACAGCAACUGUAUUAGAAGGCUCAAAAGGUGAAGUUGUCCAAACUUCAAAAGGUGGGGACCUAUUCAAUGCAUUUGGGAAUGCUGCAUUGCCGACCUUAUCUGGUUUUGGAGCUUUUAGGACAUCUGAACUAAAUGAUGGCAUCACUUCAUCCACUGCCAUAUCUUCAGCUCUUGUUGCUCCGUCCAUGACAUUGGGUGCUUCAUUCGCACCAGGUUUCUCCACCAGCACCAGCAUGGCACCUAAUUCUUCAGCUACCAUCUCAUCUGAUGCGCCUAUAUUUUCCACAAUCCCCUCCUUCCAGUUUGGUGCUAGUGGCUCUUUUGGUGCUUCUAAUGCAGUAACUUCAUCAACAGAAAAAUCUGAGUCUACCAAUUUGGUGGGAGAGUCUGUCAAGUCAUCUGUUUUCAGUGUAAGCAGCUCUGCUCCUCUACUAGGUACAUCUGCUGCAUUUUCAAGCACCAGAAGCAACAGCUCAGCCGUUCUGACACCAUCAAUAUUCGCAAGCACGAGCAAUGGCUCCUCUGCUCUGCCAGCGCCAGCAUUAUUUAGUACAGCCACUGGUGGUUCUUCUGCUAUGUCAUUGUCGUCAGGUUUCUCCACAAGCACCAGCAUGGCACCUAGUUCUGCAGCUACCAUCUCAUCUGCUGCACCUAUACUUUCCACAAUCCCCUCGUUCCAGUUUGGUGCUAGUGGCUCUUUUGGUGGUGCUAGCACAGUAACUUCAUCAACAGAAAAAUCUGAUUCUACCAAUUUGGUGGGAGAGCCUGUCAAGUCAUCUGCUUUCAGUGUAAGCAGCUCUGCUCCUCUAGGUACAUCUGCGGCAUUAUCAAACACCAGAAGCAACAGCUCAGCUGUUCUGACACCAUCAAUAUUUGCAAGCACAAGCAAUAGCUCCUCUGCUCUGCCAGCACCAGCAUUAUUUAGUACAGCCACUGGUUCUUCUGCUGUGUCAAUGUUGCCAGGUUUCUCAACUUCAUCCAAUGGAUUCAGUGGUUUUGGUUCAUCACCACAAUCUGGUGGUGCCAAUUCAUUGUUUUCAAGUAACAGUUCUCAGAACUUGACAGUGUUUGGCACAACAGCAGAAUCUAGUUUCAGCACUCAGCCAGCACAGUCUGGAACUGGGAUGUCACAUGCUUUGCCAAUAUCAUCAUCUAAUACCUUCGGUUCAUCAAUUCCUACGACAAUGUUUGGUCUAAGUGGCACUUCCUCAUCUGGUUCUGCAAGCUCAUCAUUUGGUUUCUCAACGCCUGGUUUGGAGCCUCUUGGUUCAAGUUCUGGCUUCUCUUUCCCGACUGCUACUGGGUCAUCUUCCAGUUCUGGCAGUAGUAGUACCAUUCCACCGGCAAAGAGUUUUGUUUCAAGUACUGGGUUGUCCACCAUUUCAACUUUAAGUGCUGGCGGCAGCAGCAGCUCCCAUGUAUGGUCUACGCCUUUUGGUUCAAGUGGCUUUUCCUUUGCAGCAAGUGCUAUUUCAUCAGCCAAUUCCAGUGGAAAUUUAUCCCUUGUAGCAGGUACAGGCACUGGCCUGUUCAAGUCCACUUCACAUUCAGCCCAGUCAUCACCUUCUGGCUCCAUUUUUGCCUCAACCACUUUUUCACCUGCUACAGGGCUUCCAUUUGGGUCAGCUCCCUCUUCAGGGAGUUCACCUUUCAUGUUUGGUUCAUCAUCAGGGUCAGUUUCUUCAUUCACUUCAGUUGGAAGCACAACUUCACUGAUUUCUCUUGUGCAGCCUGUGUUUGGAGCACCAAAUCAGACAAGUGGUUUGAAUUCAGGUUCACCUGGAAAUGACCAGAUGAAUGUUGAGGAUAGUAUGGCUGAUGAUUCUGUCCAGUCUUCGGUUCUUCCGGCAGUGAAAUUUGGACAACCAACAAAUACACCUGCAUCUCCUAACUUUGUGUUCGGUUCCCCAGCUACACCUGGUGGGACAACAACCUUUCAGUUUGGCAGCCAGCAGAAUAAUUUUAUGCCUCAAAGCCCAUCUCCAUUUCAACCAGCUGGAAAUUUAGAGUUUGCUGCAGGAGGAAGCUUCUCUUUGGGAAGUAGUGGUGGUGGUGACACGUCUGGUCGAAGGACAGUGAAAGUAAGACGAGAUAAGCAUCGGAAAAGGUAGGGGAGGAUUCGAGUUGAUCGAGAUGCAUUUGCGGCACUAGCUUGAUGGCUUUUGUUUAUUAUUUGAUGGCAAAGGAUUUUGAUGUCAAAAGGUAAGUGUUAUUUGUCUCAGAUCAAAGUGCAUGGUCUCUGGAGUCUGGGCGAAUGUUCUUCAGAAUGUAAGUGUACUUUCCCUGUCAUUUUAGAUUUCAGCUUGCACUCAAAAGUUUUACUUUCACCUCCAAGUAUUUUAGGGUUUUCCAGCUUCCUUCAGCCUAUAUCAUUGCUCUUUUGGUUUCUUUAUAAACCGUAUGAAGGACUUUUGCACUUUGGCUUUGGUGUCAAGUAUCGACGUCCAUUGUUGGUAUGCUUGUACUUCAUACUUGUAUUGUGGAGCUCAUAACACCAUUCUUAAUGUAAUCUCUAUCACAUAUCAGCGAUCAUCGCAUGUGAGAACUUAAAGUUUGAUGCAUGUUUUCUCUUUUGACACCAUUCUGUGAUUAUUAUAGAACAAAUGCUGCCGUUUUUCCUCAAAUUGUUCACAUGGUCCACUGCCUCUGUCAUCACAACCAGCCAGUACCAAACAAAAGCAAACAAAGAUGGCUUUCUUUCUACAAGGAAUCGCCAAAUCAACUGAUCUUGAACUUCUAAGUUUCAUAAAAAUUUUCUGUUGCAUAUCCUGGAAGUUAUAGAAGGAACUCAAGUGAUCUAGUUUUCUGAUCUGGGUUUUGGUUGAUCACUAAAUUUUAGUGUAUUUUAAUAAUAUUUAGUGUAUGAAUGGUUCCUAAACACUCCAAGCAGAUUUAACCGUUGCUGUUUGAUUAGUUUUUAGUUUGUUUUCUGAACCUUAGGGGGAAUGAACUAACAACUGGAUUGUUAUGUCUAACUCACAAAGCCUGUCAUAUACAGAUGAGAUAUUAAUCGGAUUCUCUUAUCGGCACCAGACUAUUAGACAAUUAUGUAAUUUCAAUUUGAAAAAGAGGUUUUUUUAUUUCACAUUCAUCUAGACCUGUUCUGUGGAUAGUAGUCAAGCAUUUUUUCAUGUUCAUCUAUCUUCUUUUUUUGUCUACUUUCCUAAUUGGGCUGAUGCUGAUUGGCUUGUGAACGAUUGCACACUUUGAUGAGGUAGUUGUCAAGGCUUGAAUUUUUCGACAUUAAAAAUGCUGGUUUUGAGUGACAUUGUUUGCUGAUUUAUGAAACUGUAGUCUUUACUCUGUAGUGUAACAACUGCAGAAAGUGGGGUUGUAUUAUGUAUUUCCUCAUCAUCAUAGCAAGAAUUGUUAAUCUUAGAUCUGUCAUUGUUCUGUUCCGUGGACCUGAAGAAUGAUGUCUCGGAGGAACUGUGCUGCUGCAUCAGGAUCAGUCAGUUUGAUGAGAUGUCUGCAACCUAGUUUUUUUGCUUUAGAAGAUCUGUGUGGUUGAUUUCUGUUUGCUUUAGCGAAGCUACAUGUGUCUGCUGGAGUCAGCUGUUGCAAUCACAAGUCGGAAGAGUUCUUUGACAAAUUGCACUUUGAACCAGUUUGUAAAGGGUCGAUGACGGUGUUCAGGUUCCUAGUUCCAAAUUUAAGAGAAAUUGGCCGAGUUUCAAGUUUCUUUGCCAUCUAAAAAGCUGAUAUUGCAACUCUUGACACUAUUCAUUGCAUGUCAUCCCGAUAUAAGGACCUGAAAACUGAUUUCUAAUGAUGGCAAUUGCUCCUGAUACAAGAUGUGUUGAUGUAUUAUGCCCUAACGUUACCUGAUCUUUUUCCUAAGGUCUUGUAUGGCUCUAAAGUCAGAAAAGCUGUUCUACUCAUCGCAUCAUGUUGGUGGUUUUCAUUUUACGAAGUUUUUGAUAGUAUGUUGGAACAACAACAGUUUCAAGUGAGAAAUGAAGGCAAUAUUGCAAGAAUGUCAAGUGUGCAAAGCUGUAAUCAAUCAUGUUCCAGACACGGAGGUAAUCAAUGGAAUGCUGGCUAGAAGAUGGUGGGCUUUGUUUUAACUUGGUACAAGAGAGCAUCCAUAUCUGGUGAUCUGUUAUAUGGUGUUGUUUUUUCUGCUUUCAACAUAUGUAACAGAUAGUUUGCUGGAAAUGGUGUUUAGAUUCUGGAAUGCUGUGUUCUUUCUAGCUAUUAAUGUUUCAUUUUUUGCUUUGCUUUGUUUUCAUUGUGGAGAACUCAAUAACUGGUAAUAUUUCUGCAAACAUGAACUUAUUCA